CGUUCGAAGGCGCUCUCGAACCGGCCAAUCACAUCAUGCCGUUUUCAAGGAGAGUCAACGAGUGUUCCUGUUGACAGCGUUGUUGCUGCGUUUUUGGAAUAUAUAAACAAAAAGAAAGCCCUCCAUCUUUCUGUUUUCGGGGGAGGGGAAAGUUAGCUACACGCCGUCGGACAUGAACAGCGUCGGGGAAGCCUGCACCGACCUGAAGCGGGAGUACGACCAGUGCUUCAACCGCUGGUUCGCCGAGAAGUUCCUAAAGGGGGACCGGAGCGGCGACCCGUGCACCGAGACCUUCCGGAAGUACCAGCGGUGCGUGCAGAAGGCCAUCAAGGAGAAGGACAUCCCGAUCGACGGAGUGGAGUUCAUGGGCCCCAACAAGGACAAGCCCGAGAGCUGAUGGCAGAGAGAAACCCAGGACAGAUACAUUAGUACUGAGAUCACCGGGGGAGCGCGGCCAUGAGGGCCUACUGAGCAUGCGCAGAAGCAGAGGAGCUGUUGGAGCCCUUGUGUGUAAUGUCGUGGAUGGAUUAAGAGAACGUGUGUGAUGUUAGUGCUGAUUUAGACACACGGAACUGAUCCCAGGACAGUUUUUGUUCAACCUGCUGCUUACUGAGCAUGCGCAGAAG